GUAAAGUUGCUCGAUACUGUGAUCUUGAAUUCCUUGAACAGUCCAUCUCGUUAGACGCCAACAACAAUGCAGCUCCAGGCGCGCAUGCAAUUGCGUUCGGCCGGCCCCCGCCGCGCCGGGCCCGUGCCGGUCCGCGCCAUGGCGGGCAGCCGCUUCGCUGACGUGGCGCAGGCGCCGCCCGACCCCAUCCUGGGCGUGAGCGAGGCGUUCAAGGCCUCCACCGACCCCAACAAGCUCAACCUGGGCGUGGGCGCCUACCGCGACGAGCAGCUUAAGCCCGUGGUGCUCAGCGUGGUCAAGAAGGCGGAGUCGAAGAUCUUCUCCCGCAACGAGAACAAGGAGUACCUGACCAUUGAGGGCCUGGACGCCUUCCGCAAGGCCACCGUGGACCUGUUGCUGGGCGGAGACCACCCCGCCAUCAAGGAGGGCCGUGUGGCUGUGGUGCAGUCGCUGUCGGGCACGGGCAGCCUGCGUGUGGGCGCGGCCUUCAUUGCGCGCUUCAUGAAGGGCGCCACCGUCUACCUGUCCAACCCCACCUGGGGCAACCACCGCAACAUCUUUGGCGACGAGGGCGUGGAGUGGAAGUACUACCGCUACUUUGACGCCGACACGGUGGGCCUGGACUUCCGCGGCAUGGUGCAGGACCUGCAGGCCGCGCCGCCCGGCUCCGUGGUGGUGCUGCACGGCUGCGCGCACAACCCCACUGGUAUUGACCCCACCAAGGACCAGUGGGCGGCCAUUGCGGACCUGUGCAAGGAGCGCAACCUCAUGCCCUUCUUUGACGUGGCGUACCAGGGCUUUGCCACCGGCGACCUGGACAAGGACGCCUACGCGCCGCGCCUGUUUGUGGAGAAGGGGCUGGAGAUUGUGGUGUCGCAGUCCUACUCCAAGAACCUGGGGCUGUACGGCGAGCGCGUGGGGGCGCUGGUCAUGGUGCUCAACGACAAGGAGGCCGCCACCCGCUGCCUGAGCCAGCUGAAGCGCCUGGCCCGUGCGCUGUACUCCAACCCGCCCACCCACGGCGCGCGCAUCGCCGCCGAGGUGGUGAACGACAAGGAGCUGUUCGAGGAGUGGAAGGGCGAGAUGCGCGGCAUGGCCGGCCGCAUCGAGCGUGUGCGCGGCGAGCUGCAGCGCUCGCUGGAGAGCAAGUACCCCAGCAAGGACUGGAGCUUCAUCACCAAGCAGAUCGGCAUGUUCAGCUUCACCGGCCUCACGCCUGCACAGGUGGACAACAUGACCAACAAGCAUGCCAUCUUCAUGACCCGCGACGGCCGCAUCAGCCUGGCCGGCCUCAACAGCGCCAAGGUGGACUACCUGGCGGAGGCCAUUGUGGACAGCGUGCGCAACCACUAGAGGAGGCGGACACCAGGUGAUAUUGGAGGUGAUACUGGAGGUGCUAAGGGGUGCUAUGAAGUGCUGGGUGUAGGUCAGGCGGGAAAGCGGCGCGCAGCACGCGCGGCGCUUGAAUGGAGCCUGCGAGGCAAGCGGCGAGGAGCGCCAGUGGCAAGGCUCUGGCGGCAGCGGCAGGCCUUCGAUGCCUGAAUAUGUAGUGCUAGAGCAGUGCUGGAGGCAGCAGGGGAGCACGGACAUUUGGCCUAAGGGCUGAUGCAUUUGUCCAGGCGUGAGGCGUGGCUAUCGGACACGGACUGCCUAUCUUGCUGGGAGUCUCGGGCUAGGGCCGCACCUACUGGACGCGGCUUCCCCUCCCAAGAGCACGUUUCCUCGCCAAGAGGAAGCGUUGUGGGGCGGCCUUUGUACCAUGAUUUGUCGUGCGGGCAAGAACCAUAAAGAAUAAGUGGUGGGUGGCGGAUGGGCAGCAGUCGGAUUUCGGUGUGGAGCAAGAACGCCGGACACACGUCUGGAGGGCACGAUUCGUGAGUGACGUUGGUAUGCUGCACGGACAUAUUAACUAAGGGAUAUGACCACGAGCCUGGAUUCAAACUACGGUGUAGACGCUGUGGAUGUGCAAGGAUUCGGUGCAGCGAGCACUGGUUGGGGUUGUGAAGUGCGGGCUGCACGCAACAUGGCGCAACUGUUGCCGGCCUGGGCUCCGCAUGUUGCUAGCAUGGAGCAGGUGUCAACAUUAAGUGUGCUUGCAAACGAUGAUUGCUGCCAUAGCUGCAGAUGGCAAGAGUCACGUUAGGUGGGUGGCGGGGAGCGGCACAGGGGGCCCGCGGGGGUAAACGCCUGCAAGGAGCACCUGGUCCACAUAAAGCGUUGCAACAGCCCAAAUGCAGACAUGUUAUUUGAAACGGUGUUUCGUGUUAAGCGAUGCC